UAUUUAGUUCCAACUCCCAAGGUAGUGAGUGAUAGAUAGCACAGUGCACACAAACCUCCACUGUCUAAGGAGAUCACACGCCAACACCUACAUCAACACUUGUCUCCCCCUCUCCUUGUCUCUCUAUUCUAAAUGUGCUAGUUCUCUUCUUUAUUACUGGGAUUGGGAUUUUAAUGAUCAGUAUGGAUCCGCCUGCAAUGAUGAACGAAGGGGCCCCCUACACUUUAGAGGAGAUCUGGCAAUUUCCCAUCAAUUGUAGCGGAAGAGGGCAGUUUGAAUUACUUAAUUUGGAGAGGAGAGCAGCAGCUUCUGCCAGGAAACGCCACGAGGUUGAUUUGGAUGCUGAUGAUUCUUCUUCUUCAAAGCCUACAACUCUCUCUCCUACCAAUGCCAGUACCAACACCAACGGACUUCUGAAUGAUUGUGAUGGUAAGCGGCUUAAAGCAUGGGGGAGUAGAGAUGACAAUCAUCAUCAUCAUCAACAACAACAACAGCAACAACAGCAUGAUUCUAAAAGUGAAGAACCCAGUUCAGGCAAGCAUGUGGAACACAAACCUCAACCACCAGAACCAACCAAGCAAGAUUAUAUCCACGUACGAGCAAGAAGGGGUCAAGCUACUGAUAGCCACAGUCUAGCUGAAAGAGCUAGGAGAGAAAAGAUAAGCGAAAGGAUGAAAAUUCUUCAGGAUAUAGUCCCAGGUUGUAACAAGGUUACUGGCAAGGCCCUGGUCCUUGACGAGAUUAUCAAUUACAUCCAAUCAUUACAACGUCAGGUUGAGUUUCUAUCAAUGAAGCUUGAAGCAGUUAAUUUGAAUAUGAACCCUGGAACUGAAGUCUUUCCUUCUAAAGAUUUUGGCCAAAACACUUUUGAUACUGCUGGCAUGGCAUUUGGUUCGCAAGCCACGAGGGAAUACAAUCACUGUACAUCACCGGAAUGGUUGCAUAUGCAGGUUGGUGGUGGUCUUCAAAGAACGUCAUAGUAUAGAAAAUCUUCGUCAAUUACCAGCAAGAAGCUUCAAGUGGCAAUGCUUUUUCUUCCUUCAUCGGCUGUCCAAAUAUACGCGCUAGGUUAAAACGAAGAACACAUUUCCAAUUCAAGCUGCUCUGAACAUCUCCAUUUGUUUGUGUUGGAAACUUCUACUCCAUACAUCUUAACAGGCAUCAUGUUCUUGUCUGUACUAAUACGCGUACAGAUCCUCCUAGCAUUGGUAUUAAUCUUGUUAGAUAAAGUUGCAUGUCUAAUAUUUCUAGUGCUCACAUCUUGUAUAAACUUUAUUUUUGCGUUGUGUUUGUUAA